AUGACGCAAGACCAACCCCAGAGCAACGGCUCGAGCGCCGACAACAUCAAAGAGUCGUACUGCGAUGUGCUCAUCAUCGGUGCUGGUCCUGCUGGACUCAUGGCGGCCAACUGGUUGGCUGUUCAAGGUCUAGGACCAUCGGUGCGCAUCAUCGACAAGCGCAACGACAAGAUCUUCAACGGUCAGGCCGAUGGUCUGCAGUGCAGAACCCUCGAGAUUCUCCACAGCUUCGGGUUGGCAGAAGAUAUCUGGCGCCAGAGCAACCGCAUGAUCGAGAUGCGAUUUUGGAAUCCUGGUCCCGACGGUCGACUGAAGAGGACUGGCAGCAAACCAGACACCAUCCCUGGCGUUUCCCGUUGGCAGCAAUGUGUGCUCCACCAGGGUCGGAUCGAAAAAGGAUUCCUGGAUAGCAUCGCCAAACAUUCGCACAACAAGCUCAGCGUCGAGCGCGCGGUGCUGCCUGAAUCUCUAACCGUCGACGAAGCGGCCGUCGAUGACCCAAGCGCGUAUCCGGUUCAGGUCGAGGUUCGUAAGCUGACGGAAGAGGAAUCCACUCCUACACAGAUGGGCAACAGCAUCCCCAACGGGCUCUUCCGCUCGUCGCUUGCUCCGGACGACACACCCACAGCCGCCAGCAAUGCCCACGUCGAGCCUGGCAGCCGGGAACGUAUUCAUGCUAAGUACGUCAUCGGAUGCGAUGGUGCUCAUUCGUGGACGCGACGUCAGAUGGGCAGCAAGAUGGAAGGAGACCAAACCUCUUUCAUCUGGGGUGUGCUCGAUGCUGUGCCCAUCACCAAUUUCCCCGACGUUCGCAAUCGCUGUGCCAUCCACUCGGCAGAGUCCGGUAGCAUGAUGAUCAUUCCUCGCGAAGAUGGACUGGUUCGAUUCUACAUCCAAGUCUCGGAGCUCAAUAAGGGUGUGGACCGUUACAACAUCACCCCCGAGAUGAUCCUCAAGACGGCCAAAGCUAUCAUCGCUCCGUACACGCUUGACAUUGGCGAGGGCGAUCUGGACUGGUGGACGGCUUAUGUGAUUGGGCAGCGUACCGCCGACAAGUUUUCACUGCACGACCGAGUCUUUAUCGCCGGUGAUGCGUGCCACACGCACUCGCCCAAAGCAGGUCAGGGCAUGAACACUUCGAUGCAAGACACGUACAAUCUCACGUGGAAGAUCGCUUCGGUGGUCAAAGGCAUCUCCCCGCGAAGCAUCCUGCCGACGUACGAGAUGGAGCGCAAGCAGAUCGCGCAAGACCUCAUUACCUUUGAUCACAGGUUCAGCCGCCUUUUCAGUGGCAAGCCCGCCAAGGAUGAGGCAGAUGCGGCGGGCAUCUCGAUGACCGAGUUUCAGCAGGCGUUCGAAAAGGGAAAUCGUUUCGCUUCCGGUCUAUCGGUCGAUUAUCAACGAUCGCUGAUCACGGUCAAGCCGCAGGGUAGCAGCCAGACCACGGUCGAUGGCGGUACCGUCGUCAGCCACGGUGAGGUUGAAUUUCCUGCAGAUGGUGUGGUGAGCGACGCCACCCUCUCCUCCGAGUCGGCGGGAGAGACGCGCAUCGAGUUGGGCAAGCGAUUCAAUACAGCUCAAGUGGUAUGUCACGCCACCGUUCUGCCGUACGAGCUUGCCGACCGGGUCGUCUCGGAUGGCCGAUGGCGGGUUGUCUACUUUUGUGGAGACAUUCGCACUGCCGAAUGCAGCGCCGAGAUGAAUGAAAUCGGCGACUACCUCGCGAAGCAACUGGUGCCCAAGUACACGCCGCAAGACCAAGACUUCGACUCGGUCAUCGAGGUUCUGACCGUCUCCGCUACGCCGCGCAACGAGAACGAGUUGGAAGACUACCACGAGUCAUUGCGACCGAACACGACUCGCCACCACCGCCCGACUGCCGAGGGAAGCUACAACGUCUCGCCGGACUACCACAAGAUCUUUGUCGAUGACGAGACGUAUCACCAGGGUCACGGUCAUGCCUAUGAGAAGUAUGGCCUGCGCAAGGAUCGAGGAACGCUAGUAGUCCUUCGCCCAGAUGGCUAUGUGUCGCUGCUGAUUCCAGCGCAGCAGUACAGCAUGCUAGGCCACUUUUUCGGUAAGAUUUUGCUGCCUCCUACUCAGCAUCUGCCGCAUCAGCAUACUCGCAAGAAGCGCGAGACUGCCAAGUAUAUGCUCGUUGACGAGAAGGAGGCUGCUGCACCCAAAUUGCCUGCUGCUGAUGGUCUGCCUAAGAACACGCUGGCUUUCGCCCAUUCGCAAAAGAACACUCAAGGCUUCACCGCACCUGCUGCUGCCUUGUAG